UGUAUUGUAGACUGGAAACACAAAAACUUAUUUUCUCUCUCCACUCAAAUCUUCUUCAAUUCUUUGAAAAUUUUAAGAAAUUGCUAUGUCUUGAUUGCUACCCAUGUAGUAACAUUUAAUUGGCCACAUCCCACAUGGUGUUAUUAUAACUCUAAGUAAGCACACAACUCAUUUGUGUGUAUUUUCUAGUCCUAGCUCAUGCAUAGGUAUUGCUGUUAGUCAGAGAAUAUAAAAAACAUAGAAUCAGAAGGUCAGGGAAUAGAAAUAAGGGAAUUUCAAUUAUUAUUAUCCAUUCUUUGGGAUUCUUGAAAAUGUUGACAGAGUAAACAAAUACUCUUCUAGUUUUCUCAAGAAUUGUAUUUAUAUACUUUUGAUGGAUUUGCUGGUAAUAAUUGUGUUGCCAUUGGCAAGUGGUGAAGAAAAUAUUUGGUGUUAAGAAGACAACAACACCAAUGUACACAACAACAAAUACAGAUAGAUUUAGAAGAAGAAACAAGAUUUCCAAAUUCUUCAAGAAUUAUGGCUUGUAGCUGUUUCAAGAUUUCCACUUUUGUUUGGUUUAUGUUCUCUGUUUGUCCUGUUUGGUCAUCACUGGAAAAUGAAAAAUUCAAUCAGACAUUUAAACCAUGGAAUAAUGAGUCUCAAAAGAUGAAGAUGAUUAUUAGAGCUCAUCUCAUGAAGAUCAAUAAGCCUUCUCUCAAGACAAUUCAGAGUCCUGAUGGAGAUGUUAUAGAUUGUGUGCUAUCUCAUCAACAACCAGCUUUUGAUCAUCCUGAGUUAAGGGGCAAGAAGCCUUUGGAUCCCCCAGAGAGGCCAAAUGAUCACAAGUCAAACUUGAUGGAAUUGGAAAACUUUCAGUCAUGGAGCAUGUCUGGUGAAACAUGUCCAGAAGGAACAAUUCCAAUUAGAAGAACAAGAGAACAUGACAUUCUUAGAGCCACUUCUCUUCAAACAUUUGGCAGAAAAAUCCAAAGACCAGUUCGAAGAGACAUGACCACAAGUAACGGCCAUGAGCAUGCAGUAGGGUAUGUAACUGGAGAUCAAUAUUAUGGAGCAAAAGCAAGUAUAAAUGUGUGGGCACCUCAAAUUGCCAACCAAUAUGAAUUCAGUUUAUCACAAAUGUGGGUUAUUUCUGGUUCUUUUGGUGAUGAUCUCAACACCAUUGAAGCUGGUUGGCAGGUUAGCCCAGAGAUAUAUGGAGACUAUUUUCCAAGAUUCUUUACCUAUUGGACCAGUGAUGCAUAUCAAACGACUGGAUGUUACAACUUGCUUUGUUCAGGAUUUGUCCAGACCAAUAAUAAAAUAGCUAUUGGGGCUGCAAUCUCUCCAACAUCCUCUUAUAAUGGAGGCCAAUAUGAUGUCAGCAUAUUGAUUUGGAAGGAUCCCAAGCAUGGGAACUGGUGGCUAGAGUUUGGAUCAGGAGUUCUUGUAGGAUAUUGGCCAUCAUUUUUAUUUUCACAUCUUAGAAAUUCAGCAAGUAUGAUACAAUUUGGUGGUGAAAUAGUGAACAGUAAUCCUUCUGGAUUUCACACAUCAACUCAAAUGGGAAGUGGUCAUUUUGCUGGUGAAGGAUUUGGAAAAGCUUCUUAUUUUCGAAAUUUGCAAGUAGUUGAUUCAGAUAAUAGCUUAGUACCUUUAUCAAAUCUCAAAGUUGUGGCUGAUCAUCCAAAUUGCUAUGAUAUUCAAGGAGGGAUUAAUUCUGUUUGGGGUAAUUAUUUUUACUAUGGAGGUCCUGGUAAAAACCAACGUUGUUCUUAAUUAAAACAAAUAGGUAUAUGUUUUUUUUUUUCCUUCUUUUUUACAGUUUUGGGGUGAUUGGUUCUUGAGCUUGCAAGCUUGGGUUAUUCUUUCUUUUGUAUUUUUGGGUCUAAAAAUUAUCCAUUAAUUAGUUAUACCACAUUUAAUUAAAGAGUUGUGAAAAUGAAAAAAGGAAAUAGUGAAUAUAAUAUGCUAUUGCUUUUCUGUGUU